GUAUGUAUAUUUCAUUAUUUGAAAUUUCGUACGCAUGGUGGCAGUGUGUAUAGUGCAAUUAAGCGAAUGGUCGAUGUUUUUAAUAAAAAAAGUAGAAUUUAGAACACAUUUAGAUAUCAACUGAAAAACCAUAGGUUAUCUUGUCCUCGCAUCGUUUCGUAUCAAGAUGUUAGAAGACUGACUUCGUUGAAGAAAUUAUAUCGACAAAAGUAUAAAAAUGUCUAGCAGUAGUUCUGAAAGUAGUGACGAUAGCCAUCACGAAAAGUCACGGAAAAGACGUAAACACAGACACCCUAACCAAGACACACGAUCCAGCAAAAAGGAAUCGAGCAGCAAGAAUAAAAGUUACAGAGACAAGAGAGAAGGUAGGGACGUUCACAAAUUUAGCAGAAACGUAAGAAGAGAAAAUAAUGAUGUGCAUUAUGAUAGAUCGCAAGGCGAACGGGAUAGGUUAUAUAGGGAUAGCCGACAUGAUCACCUGAGGAGAGAAGAGGAUAGACAGUAUGAUAGAAGAAGAUACGAGAGAUCUCCUCCAAGAAGAGAGGAAUUUCGUCCGCGAUACAGAGAUUAUGAAGAAAAAACAAGGAGACAAAGAGGCCCUAUUGAAUAUAAUAAGAAACAUGACAAUGUCAACAAAGAAACAAGGAAUAAUUUGGAAGAAGCAAAAGUAAGAAAUGAACCAUCGCCAGAAUGGGGCAAGCCUACUGUUAAAGCGGAAGCUAAACCAAAGCUGGAAGAAAAAGAUAAGCCAAAUUUUGAAUUAUCUGGAAAACUGACAGAAGAUACAAACACUGUAAAUGGUGUUGUCAUUAAAUAUGCAGAACCAUCAGAUGCAAGAAAACCUAAACGCAGAUGGAGGUUAUAUCCUUUCAAAGGAGAAAAAGCAUUGCCUACUUUGUAUAUCCACAGACAGUCAGCCUAUUUACUGGGCAGAGAUCGCAAAGUUGCUGAUAUUCCCUUAGAUCAUCCUUCGUGCUCUAAACAGCAUGCUGUUUUACAAUAUCGUUUAGUAUCUUUUCAAAAGGAAGGUGGAGGUGAAGGAAGAAGAAUUCGCCCUUAUCUUAUAGACCUAGAGUCUGCAAAUGGUACAUUUGUAAAUAAUGUAAAAUUAGAACCAAGAAGAUACCACGAACUAUUAAAAAGGGAUGUAAUCCGUUUUGGAUUCAGCUCUAGAGAAUAUGUUUUAUUACAUGAACAUAGUAAAGAUGAUUCAUUUGAUGAUGAUGUUCCCUCAACUACUACAAGUAUACCUACUCUUACUACUACUGCAUAGGUUCUACUUGUAAAAUAUUUAAGAAGCAAUUUUUAACAUACAUUGACAGUAUGUAACGUUACCUAUUAGGACAAGUUGUAAAAUUAGUUUAUAAUUAUCUUUAAAUUGAGUUAUAAGAAAGAUUAAAAAAUUCAGUCUUUCUGGAGCAUUUACGACAGUGCAAUAUUUAUUCUAAUAAAAUUUUUUAGUUCUUAACAAAAAAAAUUGUUAGUGUACAAGUUUGACAUUUCAUGUAAUUAAGAAUAUAAAUUGAUUGUAUUAAAUCAAUCUUGAAAUACACACAUAUUAUAAUUUA